UUCCCGAUCGCGAUCGUGAGUGCCGUCCGCCAGGUAGGCCUGCAGCAGAGUUUGGACGGCCUCGCUCAAGCACGGUUCAUUGACUGCUCUUGUUUUUAAUUACGUCAGUUUGCUACGCGGGAUAUCAUCAAAGGUAAAAGUGAAUUACCAUUUCCUGGAACAAGUCCAGAAGGAAGCGAUGACCGAAUGGCUUCGGAUGACGACAGCCGCGUGCAGCCCAAAUCGGCCGUGAAUUCGGCGGAGCCCAAAAGACCCUCGGAUCGCGGCCGGGAACGCGAGAAGCGCCACAGGUCUCGGAGCAAAGAACGCAGGAAGCGCUCCAGAAGCAGAGAGAAACGGUCCCGGUCCCGCAGCAGGGAGAAGAAGAAGGACCGAGAGAAGGGGCGCGACAAGGACAGGCGUAAGGACAGAGACCGUCCCAAGGACAAGGAGAACAAGGACAGGUCUAAGGAUGGGGAGGAGGAUGAGGAGGAGUCUGGGAAGGUGAAGAAGGAGCCACUCUCCCUGGAGGAACUCAUGGCCAAGAAGAAGGCCGAGGAGGAGGCCCGCAGCAAGCCCGUGUUCCUGACGAAAGAGCAGAGGGAGGCCGAGGCAAUCAAGAGACGCCAGGAAGAGAUUCAGGGGCAGAGACAGAGGCAGGAGGAGGAGAGGAAGAAGCGGCAGCAGUUCUUUGAGCAGGCCAAGCAUAGCACAGACGACAUUCCCGACCGGAUGCUGGACAGGCGGGCAAUCCGAGAGAAGCGGGAGCGAGAGAGGGAGAGGGAGCGCUUCCGGGAGGAUGAGGAUGAGGACGACAGGGACAAGGUGCGGGAGCACAAAGACAAGGAGAAGGAGUUUGAGGCCAUCAAGGAGCGCUACCUGGGGAUCAUCAAGAAAAAGCGGCGGGUGCGGCGCCUCAACGACCGCAAGUUUGUCUUCGACUGGGAUGCGUCGGAGGACACAGCUGUGGACUACAACCCCAUCUACAAGGACAAGCACACAGUUCAGUUCUAUGGCAGGGGGCACAUCGGGGGCAUCGACCUCAAGGCCCAAAAGAAGGAGCAAUCCAAGUUCUACGGCGAACUGCUCGAGCGCAGAAGGACGCAGGCCGAGAAGGACCAGGAAGUGCUGCGGCUGAAGAAGGUGAAGCGCAAGGAGGAGAAGCAGAAGUGGGACGACCGGCACUGGUCCCACAAGUCCCUGGAGGAGAUGCAGGAGCGAGACUGGCGCAUCUUCCGGGAAGACUUCAACAUCACCAUCAAGGGAGGCCGCAUCCCCAACCCGCUUCGCAAGUGGAACGAGUCCCCCUUGCCCUCCUCCAUCCUGGACAUCAUCAAGGAGCUGGGCUACAAGGACCCGACGCCCAUCCAGCGGCAGGCCAUCCCGAUCGGGCUCCAAAACCGGGACAUCAUUGGGGUGGCCGAGACCGGCAGUGGCAAGACGCUGGCCUUCCUGCUGCCCCUGCUCGUCUGGAUCACCUCUCUGCCCAAGAUCGUGAGGCAGGAGGACGCGGACCAGGGCCCAUACGCCAUCAUCAUGGCGCCCACCCGCGAGCUGGCCCAGCAGAUCGAGGAGGAGACCAUCAAGUUCGCCAAGAUGCUCGAGAUACGCACCGUGGCCGUCAUCGGAGGGCUCUCCCGAGAGGAGCAGGGCUUCCGACUGCGCCUCGGCUGCGAGAUUGUGAUUGCCACCCCCGGUCGUCUGAUCGACGUGUUGGAGAACAGGUACCUCGUGCUGAGUCGCUGCACCUACAUAGUCUUGGACGAGGCCGACCGGAUGAUUGACAUGGGUUUCGAGGGGGAGGUCCAGAAAAUCCUGGACUUUAUGCCAGUCACCAACCAGAAGCCGGACACGGAGGAAGCGGAGGACGAGGAGAAACUGCUCGCUAACUUCGCCUCCAAGCACAAGUACCGCCAGACGGUGAUGUUCACAGCCACCAUGCCUCCAGCCGUGGAGCGUCUGGCGCGGUCGUAUCUCCGCCGUCCGGCCAUCGUCUAUAUCGGCUCCAUCGGCAAGCCCGUGGAGAGAACCGAACAGGUGGUCCACCUGGUCACCGAGAGCGAGAAGAGGAGGAAGCUGGUGGAGCUGCUCAACCGUGGGGUGGAGCCUCCGGUCAUCAUCUUCGUCAACCAGAAGAAGGGGGCCGAUGUCCUGGCCAAGGGUCUAGAGAAGAUGGGCUUCAACGCCUGCACCUUGCACGGAGGCAAGGGCCAGGAGCAGCGAGAGUACGCCCUGGCCAGCCUCAAGAACGGCGCCAAGGACAUCUUGGUGGCCACCGACGUGGCCGGACGUGGUAUCGACAUCCGCAACGUUUCCAUGGUCAUCAACUACGACAUGGCCAAGUCCAUCGAAGACUACACGCACAGGAUUGGGCGUACGGGCCGAGCGGGGCUGACGGGAAAGGCAGUGUCUUUCGUGACCAAGGAGGACUCCCACCUGUUCUACGACCUGAAGCAGCUGAUCAUGAGCAGCCCCGUGUCCACCUGCCCCCCGGAGCUGGCCAAUCACCCAGACGCGCAGCACAAGCCGGGCACCGUGGUCACCAAGAAGCGCAGGGAGGAGAAGAUCUUCGCCUGAACUCCCCACGGUGGCACCGCCGUGUGGGCUUAUGAUGCGACAAUAAAACCAAAUGCCGUUUUU